UUGUGCUUUAGCCUGUACCGGCAACUGGUUCCUAGGCUUUGAGAAUAAUUUACAAAUACUGCCUUAUGAAUUGAAGGAAAAUAAAUAUGAUAUCUUUAACUUUAUUCAUUUUUCUGUGUGUAUUUUCCACGUUCUCUGCCUCAAUUAAAGUGCACACUACCGGGCCAAAACUGGACAAUGACAAGACCUAUAAAUAUGUCUACACAGCAGAAGUACUGAUCGAUAGACCUAGAGGAUCACCGCAGGAUAGUGUAGGCUACAAGAUUAUUGCUGAUGUAGAUGUCAACUUAAUAUGGAGGAAUCCUAAUAAUAACAAUGACCAAUUAGUGAGAAUCAUGCUGAAAAAUAUUAAAUUUGAUGGUGUGACCUUACGUGCAGAAGAUAAGAAUAUCUUCACAGGAAAAAGUACUGCAGACAUACUUGGAGAAAACUAUCUGUCUGCUUUACAAAGACCAUUCCUUGUACAGUGGACUCUUGGAAAGGUGAAAAACUUCUACACCUACCAAGAUGAACCCACAGUCAUUCUAAACAUCAAGAGAGGAUUGGCUAGUCUGUUCCAGAUACAGCUUCAUUCUGGUUCCCUCAGUGAGGUUGAUGUUUCUGGUGACUGCAAAGUGACCUACCAAACACAAAAGAAUCACAUUAACAAAAUCAAGGAACUAAACAGUUGCAAGAUACCAAAAACAGGAUUCACAAACUCCAACAAGGUUCUUGGAAUUUCCAGCAAACAAACAUCUAGUACAAUUUAUGCUGUUGAGGAUGGGAUUAUUAAAUCUGCGCUGGCUGAAGAAAAUCAUGUGUCGAUUCUUAAUGCCUAUAACAUCAUUGCAGCUAAAAUAGUUUCAAAGCAAAAAUUGCAGCUGAAGUCUGUUGAAGCUGGAUUGAAGGAGGCUGCAGGAAAACAAAUGGGCACUGUUAUCAAGGCGCUAGAUCCAAAAUACUCUGCUCUACCGCUGGUGGCUGAUCACUUGAAGCCUGAGUGUAAAAGUUGCUCAUCGCUUUCACAGCACUGGCAAGCCAUCCGUAAGCAAAUGGAGCCUGAGAACCUUUCAAAAGCUGAAGCAGCACGUAGUUUUCUAGCCCUAAUUCACACUCUUCGUCAUGCAAAAAAAUCUGAAAUCUUACAGGUCCUCAGAACUGAGAAAGAUGAUGUGCUACCUCAACUGGUUGAUGCUGUUACCUUUGCUCAGACAACUGCAUCUUUGAAGGCCAUGCUGGAAUUCCUUGACUUUGCCAAUGGAAGCAGACCUUUGUUACAAGAAAGAUUCUUAUAUGCCUGUGGCUUGUCCUCACAUCCAAAUGAGCAGAUGUUGAAAGGUUUACUUGAGAAGUUUCAUGGAAAAAUUGCAAAUUAUGAAAUUAGAGAAACCGUGAUCAUUAUUAUUGGUGCACUUGUAAAAAAGCUGUGCCAGGCCAAAAGCUGUGAGCUACCAUCCAUUUUGGAAGCCAAGAAAUUGAUAUUAGAAGGUUUACAAAAGGCGGCAAAUCCUUCUGACGUUAAGACGCAUCUUCUGGCUCUGAAAAAUGCCAAUCUGCCCGAAGGAAUUCCAUUGCUGCUAAAAUAUUCAGAAUCUGGGGAGGGUCCUGUCAGCAGCAUUGCAAUCGGUGCUCUCCAGAAAUUUGAUCGAACGUUCAUCACUGACGAGGUGAAGAAAACAAUGAACAGAAUAUAUCAUCAGAAUUAUAAAAUCCAUGAAAAGACUGUGCGCACAGCUGCUGCAGAUAUCAUCCUGAACAAUAACCCUUCCUAUAUGGAAACAAAAAAUCUGCUACUUUCUAUUGGUGAUCUCCCGCAGGAAAUGAACAAAUACAUGCUCUCUGUAUUCCAAGACAUCUUACAGUUUGAGAUGCCUGCCAGUAAAGUAAUUCGUCAAGUUUUAAGGGAUAUGAGGAUUCAUAACUAUGAUCGUUUUUCCAAGACUGGAUCAUCUUCUGCUUAUUCUGGAUAUGUGACCCGUGGCCAGGAUUCCUCAUCAACUUAUAGCCUUGAUAUCCUCUAUUCUGGAUCUGGAAUCCUAAGGAGAAGUAACAUGGACACAUUUUUUUACUCCAAAAGUGCUGAACUACAUGCCAUUCAGGUUGUUAUUGAAGCUCAGGGUCUUGAGUCCUUAAUAGCUGCAACUGCAGAUGAAGGAGAGGAAGAUCUGGAAUCUUUUGCUGGAAUGUCAGCCAUUUUGUUUGAUGUUCAACUUCGGCCUGUUACCUUUUUUGAAGGAUACAGUGACUUAAUGUCAAAAAUGUUCUCAGCAACAGGCGACCCAAUAAAUGUGGUGAAAGGGCUUGUGCUUUUGACAGAUCAUUCAGAGAUAAUUCAACUGCAGUCUGGGCUAAAAGCCAGCCUGGAGUUCCAAGGUGGGUUAGCCAUUGAUAUUUCGGGUGGAAUGGAUUUCAGUCUGUGGUACAGAGAAUCCAAAACCAGUGUUAAUAAUCGAGGUGCUAUUGUUGUUGUUGGUAACGUAUCUGUUGACUCCAUUUUUGUAAAUGCUGGUAUGGAGACACGUUUUGAAACAGAAGCAUCCUUCAACUUUCUUACAACUGUGAAAUUUUCUUCAUAUCCAUUCUUGGUUUGCAUGCAAAUGGAUAAGGGGACAUUUCCUUUCAGACAAUAUGUCACAAAAUUUGAGAGCUUGCCCUCCGGUAAGCCAUACGUUUCCAGGAAAGGAAAGAUAAAUAAAGUGGCCGGCACAGAACUCCCUCUCCAUCAAGAAAACUCCAACAUGUGCAGGAGCGUAUUCGCUGAACAGACCAGCUCAUCAAAUAGUUGGUUUUGAAAGCCAAUGCUGGUGGAUUGUUGUGGAUACAAUUUAUGUGUUUAGUGCAUGCAAAAAGUUUACAUAUUUAAAAUGCUCUGAAAUAAAGAAGCUGUUUCUUAGUGCACUAAUAUUAUAAUAAAUUAGUUUGUUUUGGGGUAACCACUUUCACAGUGGAGACAACUCUAAUGUAUAAAAGAAAAUAACAGUUCUGAAGAUAUUUUUAGAAUUAAAAAAAAAUGGAGAGACAGAUAUAGCUCACUCAUCCAUGGAAACAAUGAUUAUUUUCUCUUUGUGAGAUUUGAUGCAAAUUCUUUACUGUGAGAAGCAGUGAUAGACUUUUAUUGUUAACAUUCAACAUCAGAAAUAUCGGAUAAAUGAGCAGUCACCUUUUCAGGACUAAGGAUACUGUGGGAAUGUUUAGAGACAAAUGUGUCUCUCUGUAGUGACGUGUAACUUGUAUGAAUAGAAAACUUGAAAAUAAAAUUAGUAAUACAGUA